AUGAGGAAUAUUGUCCUCUUUGCUCAAACAGUCCGUCCAGCUCUCUCCUCCGCCCGUCUGGUGCACACAACUGCUCCAGUGAGUUGGCAGAGAUUCGAGAAUGAACGGCAUUUCGAGCCAGGAGAGGAUGUGAUGAAGAGAGUGUGGCAUGGGUUAACCUACGACUUCAGAAGGUGGAAAAGACGAUUUCAAGAAGUAGGCAGUUUAAAAUUGAUCAGAAUUUUGUGAUGCAAAUUUGUGUUUUCAGGCCAGAAAAGAUGCGUUCAAAAGGCGGCAUCCGGUGGCGCACAUGAAACACGGAACCCUCGACAAUGAAGUGUUCCCGUAUCGUGCAGAAAUUGUGAUCAUCGGAGGCGGUCUCACUGGUUCUUCCACGGCUUUCUGGCUCAAAGAGCGCUUCAGAGACGAGGAUUUCAAGGUGGUCGUCGUGGAAAACAACGACGUGUUCACGAAAAGCAGCACGAUGUUGUCGACUGGCGGAAUCACUCAACAGUUCUCGAUUCCUGAAUUCGUGGACAUGAGUUUAUUCACAACAGAGUUCUUGAGACAUGCUGGAGAACAUCUCAGGAUUCUUGGUAUUCGGUUCCUGUGGAACUCGUCAAAAAUAUAUAGAUUCUUCAGACUCCGAACAACCGGACAUCAAUUUCUUUCCCACUGGAUACCUGAGGUUGGCAAAGACCGAGGAAGAAGUGAAGACGAUGAGGAGCGCGUGGAAAGUUCAAAUGUAAUCCAAAUAUCAAUUUGUCAGCCAAUCAGUCACAAUUCGAUAAAAUUUCAGUGAACGUGGAGCAAAAGUACAGUUGCUUUCAAAAGAAGAGCUGGCAGAGAGGUAUCCGUACAUGAACGUCGACGAUGUUCUGCUGGCGAGUCUUGGAGUGGAGAAUGAGGGAACAAUUGACACGUGGCAGUUGCUGUCAGCCAUUCGAGAGAAGAACAUCACCUUGGGAGUGCAGUACGUAAAGGGAGAGGUGGAAGGAUUCCAGUUCGAGCGGAAUCGCGCCAGUUCAGAAAUCCACGCAUUCGGAGAUGACGCCACCGCCGAUGAGAACAAGCUGCGGGCUCAGCGCAUCUCCGGAGUGCUCGUCCGUCCACAAAUGAACGAUGCGUCCGCCCGUCCGAUCCGAGCACAUCUCAUCGUGAACGCAGCCGGCCCAUGGGCGGGGCAAGUAGCUCAAAUGGCUGGAAUCGGCAAAGGAACAGGUCUUCUGGCUGUUCCGGUGCCUGUGCAACCACGCAAACGCGACGUCUUCGUCGUGUUCGCUCCCGACGUCCCUGCCGAUCUUCCGUUCAUUGACGAUCCCUCCACCGGCGUUUUCUGCCGUCAAUCCGACUGUGGACACACAUUCCUGGUAGGCAGAACACCGACAAAGGAGGAGGAUACGAAGAGGAACCACGAGAAGUUGGAUGUGGAUUACGACGAUUUCUAUCAGAAUAUCUGGCCGAUUCUCGUCGACAGAGUACCAGGAUUCCAGACGGCAAAGGUGAGAAAACGUUCUAGAAUUAACUGAAAAACUCUCUGGCAGGUGAAAAGCGCCUGGAGUGGAUAUCAGGAUGUAAACACUUUCGACGACGCUCCAGUCAUCGGCGAGCACCCUCUGUACACGAACUUGCACAUGAUGUGUGGAUUCGGAGAGCGGGGAGUGAUGCAUUCGAUGGCGGCCGCCCGUGCUUACGCCGAACGCAUCUUCGACGGCGCGUACAUCAAUGUGAACCUGCGGAAGUUUGACAUGCGCCGAAUCGUCAAAAUGGAUCCGAUCCGAGAACCGUGCCGACUCUAA